GAAUUGUUACUCAGGGACACAGAAUUGUUACUCAGGGACACAGAAUCGUUACUCAGGGACACAGAAUCGUUACUCAGGGACACAGAAUCGUUACUCAGGGACACAGAAUCGUUACUCAGGGACACAGAAUCGUUACUGAGGGACACAGAAUCGUUACUGAGGGACACAGAAUCGUUACUCAGGGACACAGAAUCGUUACUGAGGGACACAGAAUCGUUACUGAGGGACACAGAAUCGUUACUCAGGGACACAGAAUCGUUACUCAGGGACACAGAAUCGUUACUGAGGGACACAGAAUCGUUACUCAGGGACACAGAAUCGUUACUCAGGGACACAGAAUCGUUACUCAGGGACACAGAAUCGUUACUCAGGGACAGACACAGAAUCGUUACUCAGGGACACAGAAUCGUUACUCAGGGACACAGAAUCGUUACUCAGGGACACAGAAUCGUUACUGAGGGACACAGA